AUGGGCUGUGGAGCAAGCACAGCUCCGAGAGUCGCUUGGCCAGCGCCUCCCGAUGCCAAGCUCCGUCUCAGGCCCUCCUCCGAGAAGCGGGACAUGAAAGUUCACAACCUGCACCACCUGCAGAUGGGGCUUCUUCGCAAGCAGACAUGUGCUGCAGCGAAACCGUGCGAAAGCCAAAAUGGCGUUUCAGACAUGCUCCGUUCCAUCGAUGGGACGCAGGACCAGCUUGACGUCGAAGAGAUUGAGCUCGAGGCUCAAACCUUUUUCUCGAUGAAGUCAGAGGAAAGCGACGCACACCGUGCGAACAUGUACCCUUCACUGCCCAAUCGUCGCAUGCACGAACGGCAUUUGCAGCGGAUCGAACGUUUGCAGCAAGAUCUUCUUGUGGACCCAAGCUUGUUUGAGUCCAUCGUGGAGGGCAGGCGGGCCAGCCUGCCGGUCACUUCUCGCAGUUGCCUUGCAAUGCCGCCGAAGGUCGGGAACAUUCGUCAUGAGCCGCGAAAGCCGCGAGCACGACUUCAGCCAACAAUGUCCCAGAGAGCCUAA